AUGUCUCUAUCAAAAGCCUUUGCGGACAUCAUUUUUAAUAUUUUAGAAGGGAACUCUUCGAUUGAUGUUGAGAACUCUGAGAUACUCUGCAAUGCCAUCAAAGAAUUUCUUGGUAGACGCACAACAGAGGAGUGUUGGAAGCUCAUUCCAGAUGCUCACCAAGCUACUCUCCUUGAAAGCUUGGGGCUCGUGAAAUCACGAACAAAUUCUGCAACGAGACGGAUUCAUUCCACACUAAGGCAAGAGAUUGCUGAGUGUGUGAAACUCUCUGAUAAAUACAUCAUGGACCACUUUGAAAGCCUCAACCCAGAAAUUUCUAAAGAUUUACAUCGAUUUGUUGCAGCCAUUCGAGGUUUCCAAUUUACUAUAAUGAUGUCCGACAACUACUAUCCUACACCGUGGUCUUUGGAUCCUAAUAUAUUUGGCGACCCUACAUCUAGAAUGUCGAGAUUCUCUCGAUUACAUGAAGGUACGAAGAAACUGAAAGCCGGUUCUUGGGCAUGGCGUCUCGCAUUAUUGUGUUUCAAUCAUGAAGUUGAAUAUAACUUCUCAGCAAUGCUUCUCCAUGAGGAAACUGACACCAGAAAUUUCGAGGGCAUCAUCUAUGAAAAAAUUGCCGAAUCAUUUAAUAUGUCUACAAAAUACUUCAAAAGAAGACGGAACACUGCUGUAUUUUACACAAAACUUCUUGUGCAAGCAGGUCCAGGCUCUAUUCUUAUGAUAGGAGAGAACUCGAAUCAUUUGUGGCAAGAAUCAAUAACGUUAGAUGAGAUUGAUAAGAUCGUUAAUUUCAUAAAAGACCAACUUCCCAAAUGCUAUCAUCGUAUCAAAUCCUUUGAUCAGACGGCAGCUGAGAUGAUAGUGUCCGGGCUUUGUGCUUAUGGUUGGACUCUUGCCGAACUUCGACAAACUCAAAGCUCAUUACUCUCGGAGCUUCGAAAACACAUCGACUUCGAAAAGUGCGAAGAUAACAGCUUGAGGGAAAUGAGGCAUACUGAUGCUACCAGCGUGGUUCAUCGAAAUAAUGAGAACGCAGAAUCUACGCCGGAACCAAGAGCCAAAAGACGAAGAGAAGAUAUGAUCAGCGUGGUUCACCAAAAUAAUAAGCGCGCAGAGCCUGAGCCGGAACCUAUGGCCAAACGACAAAAAGGGACUGUGAAGAAGAAUAUGGCUUGUGAUUAUUGCCACAGGAAAAAAACAAAGUGUGACGAAAACCGGCCUUGCAAUUCCUGCCUCUGUGCAGGCUUACCAUUAUUGGAUCAUGAUUUUGAACCAUCAUCGUCGAUAAUACAACUAUCUUCUCCUCAGAACACAAGGUUCUGGAACGAAUAUGGCACAAAUUGGGAGCCUGAAGGCCCCCAAGAACAUAUCACAAACGCUGCUGCUGUUCCGAUGAUUAUUCAGAACCAAAAUAAUCUAAGCAUGUUCGCUAUGCCUUCUGCCGCACCAGCCAUCGAUCCGUGGAUGUACGCUAUCCAACUUGGUUUACCAAACCAGCCCGAACCACCCGCCGAACUAUUUUAUAUGCCAAACAGCAAUCCAUGA